GACGCGUUUUUUUUCUUUACUCAAAAUUUCGUCACCUGGAAAAAAAAAGUUGAUUUUAUUCGUCGUCAGUUUCAAUCGGAGAUUUCUUGGUUCGGAGCUCGCGAGAAUUAUCGCCGGAGAAUUUAGCGUCUCUGAAAAUUCUGAUCGGUGAAGAAUCGUCGGAUCGAAAGUUCGUUAUCUUGUUUACGUUGUUUCAUUGAUUUAGAUUUUAGAUCCUUCUUCAUUCUUUGGCUUUUUUUUUUUCUUGGUAAUGUCUGUGUUUCUGAAUGUGUGGUUGAUUUUUGUUUGUACACUUUUAGUUUGAUCGAUUAGGUUAGUUUCUUGAAAAAUUGGAAGAUUUCAGAAGAAGAAACGAUCCGUACGUAAUCUAGAGUCUUGAAUUUGACCUAAUUAUCUCUCCAGAAGAUAUAGACGAUGUUAAGGAAGACAUUAUAUUGAAUCAAAUCCAUGACCAUGAGGCAGUCUUUUUGAGGUUGCAGGGCAGUUCUUGUGGGGUCUUUGGUAUCUUUAGGAGGGAUUUUAGGUGCUGUUUCAGGAGAGUAAAAGUCAGAUUCAAGGUGAGUCUGAGAGCUUGGUUCUUGUAUCUUCUGGUCUACCAAUGAAAGGAUCCAUGAGAAUGAGACAUAUAGGUCACUGAGAAACCAUCCUUGUUGUUGAUCUAGUGGAAAAAAACGAUUCUUUUCUAUCCCACUUAGUCGCUAUUUCUUCCUUAAUCUUGACUUGUGCAAUCUUCAUUCUGCCUAAGCAUUUCCCUUGAUCAUGAAACAUCUUUAAUCAUCUGUUUACCAUCUCUGAUUUGGCCGAGAGUGCUCUUUGUUUUGUCAUCUCAUCUAAGGUGGAAUAAUAGAGGGUCCUCAUAGUUAUUCUUGAAGAAGGCGGCAUGAAUGCUCCCUUUGUUUCUAGUCUGCUUAUCUCAGCUAUGGUCCCCGUAUUGACUUUCCUUAGAGCAUAUCUCGUUGUUGUCCUUGAUGAAGUUUUUGCUCCCUCGAGCAUGCGGAUCUUGUGAACAUCAGAAGAUUUUAUUUCCUUUGAUUAUGGGGUUACCAUUUAGGUCAAGACAAAACAGGCCAGCUUUAAAGAUGGGGUUCCAUAAACUAGGAGUAUCCUUCAGAAUUUUGUUUCCUUUAAGAAAUUUCUGAUUCGUAUGUCGACUCAAGAAUAUUGGUGAAAAGUGGCAGUGGGAGGUUGGGCAUAUCCGGUUUAAACUGGAUAGAUUUCCCAAGAUUGAAGGACUGAAGUGUGAGCACUCAAUGUGCUAAGCUCUUAUUUCUCUAUGAAAGCUCCAUCAACCAAGAGGGCUGUUUUUAGUUGUUUAACAGGAUACUUGUAGAUCUUGUUUUGGUGAUUGUUCCUCUUGGAGAAAGCUGAUUGGAGCUGUUUCAAAAAUGGAUUGUCUUGGUGCUGAUUGGAUUGGUGUGGUGCAAUGUAGAUGGAAGCAACAAUUCAUCGAGUUUUUUUGCUGGAUUUUCAGGUGACUGAUAAUGUUUUCAAAAUGAGGAAUAUAUUUUCUAAAUAUAUUCUUACUUGCAGGUUUCAUAAGCUUUCCACCAGCUAGCAGUGUCUGCCAAUAUCACUGACAGAUAAUUCGUAAUGGGAGACGUAUAUUUCAACCAUUUCGCUGAGCAACCGCAGAUGUUUGACCAAGAGAAGGGUGAAAUGUCAAGUAAUUUGCACCCUCAUUCAAUCAAUGAAGACUCUGAAUCGUCAACUCUGGAAAGGGUAACAGCAGAGUCAUUAAUAAACAAAGUCCUUGGUAGAGGACUAAUGGAGCAUGGAUGUCCACAUUACAGGAGAAGGUGUUGCAUUAGAGCUCCUUGCUGUAAUGAGAUCUUUGGUUGCCAUCACUGUCAUAAUGAGGCGAAGAACAACAUAAAUGUAGAUCAGAAGCAGAGGCAUGAUAUUCCUCGCCACCAAGUUGAACAGGUUAUUUGUUUACUCUGUGGUACUGAACAAGAGGUGGGCCAAAUUUGUAUCCAUUGUGGAGUGUGCAUGGGGAAGUACUUCUGUAAAGUCUGCAAGCUCUUCGAUGAUGAUACGUCUAAAAAACAGUACCACUGCGAUGGGUGUGGAAUUUGCAGAAUUGGAGGACGUGAAAAUUUCUUUCACUGUUACAAGUGUGGCUGUUGUUAUUCAAUCCUCCUCAAGAACAGCCACCCUUGUGUUGAAGGAGCAAUGCAUCACGACUGCCCCAUUUGCUUUGAGUUCCUGUUUGAAUCACGGAACGAUGUGACGGUUUUGCCAUGUGGACACACAAUCCAUCAGAAGUGCUUGGAGGAAAUGAGAGAUCAUUACCAAUAUGCGUGCCCACUUUGCUCAAAAUCCGUAUGCGACAUGUCAAAGGUGUGGGAGAAAUUUGACAUGGAGAUUGCGGCUACACCAAUGCCAGAACCAUACCAGAACAGAAUGGUGCAGAUUCUCUGCAACGACUGUGGGAAAAAAUCGGAGGUAAAGUACCAUGUGGUGGCUCAGAAAUGCCCAAACUGCAAAUCAUACAACACUCGCCAAACCCGAGGCUGAAGCUCUUAUCGGACAUGGCGUUUUGAAGUUUGUUUGCUAUCAGAUGCAAUUAAGAGCUUUCACUUGAACGAAUAGUGUCAUUUGGCUCCUUCACCUGAGGACUGGUCUCUCAAGUCUAUCUCUUCACUCAUUUCUUCAAUAUUCUCUGGGUCGUCUCUUGUUCACUAAGUCUAUGUCUCCUUGGUGUUAGUUUCCUUUAGGAUUAGUCUCCUUUUGUAAUUCUGCGGCUCUUUUGAGUAGUUCCGUUUAUUCUGAUAAUAAAAAAUCCCAAAUUUGAACUUGUGGGAAUUUUGUACCUUUUGCAUUUGGAAUUUUUCGAAUGUUCGAAUAAAAUCAUUUGGUUACUCCUGUUUAAGAUAA